UUAUCUAUUCAUCUAGAGACUACUGAGGUUUUUUUGAAGACAAAGACUACAAGUUUUGAUUGUUCAUUUGUUCACCGUCGGCAACAGAUCUGAGUAUCAGACAUGAAGUUUCAGUGCGCGCUGCAGUAGGCACCACAGGCGACGUUUGCAGUAGGCACCGCCGGUGACGUCCGCAGCCAGUCAGCCGUUGUCACCGCCGAAGCCAGCAACCCACCACCACCGCGGACGCCUUCUGUGUUUCUGUAGGCCGCGGCCACCAACCCACCACCACCGGCGAAUCCACCAUCACCACUAGCUUGAAACAGUGAAUCAAUCAGCUAAACAACAGUAUUAGUAUACAGUAAUUCUUGAUUUCCAGCCGACAGCCGUACAAGAUUCAUUUUCUUAUUCUCCGUCAGUUGAACAGUGGACAGACAGGACAGUCACGUAAUUCUUUCUCAUAAAUAUAAUAUAGUAAGAAACUCCAGGUUUCCAGUCUCCAGUCUGAACUGCCAUUCCACUUCUCAGCUUGGAAUUCAGAAUUGUUUGCAUUUCAGAGUGCUUCAUGCAGGAAGCAUUGCUCGUUCCGGUUAUGGAGGAACAAAUGGAAGGCUCACCGCCACAAUCAAUACGGCAAAAGAUUUCUGCCUAUAGGACCAUGGUUUGGGAUGCUUAUAGAAGCAAGCCAAUCUCGCACUGGGUUCUUCUACUCCUAAGUUGUGCAGCAAUGCUUAUUGCAUUCCCCGCUUCUAGCCUCUUGUCUAGAGUUUAUUUUGCCAACGGUGGGAAGAGCAAGUGGAUAAUAUCGUGGGUUGCAGUUGCAGGGUGGCCUAUGAUUGCACUAAUCUUAGUUCCUAUGUAUUUCGUUCUUCGAAUAUAUCCUACUCCACUAGACCUGAAAUUAACUGUAUGCUAUAUCGGGUUGGGCUUCUUAAGCUCGGCUGACAACCUCAUGUAUGCUUACGCCUAUGCCUACCUUCCGGCUUCAACUGCUGCUCUUCUAGCAUCGACAUCAUUGGUCUUUUCUGCAUUAUUUGGAUUCCUUCUGGUGAAAAAUAAGAUCAAUGCAUCGAUCAUUAAUUCUAUUGUGAUCAUUACUGCUGCUAUGGUCAUCGUUGCCCUUGAUUCUGAUUCAGACAGAUAUUCGUACAUCACUGACCAUCAAUAUGCGAUGGGCUUUGUGUGGGAUAUUCUGGGAUCGGCUCUUCACGGGCUAAUCUUUGCACUAUCGGAGUUGGUUUUCGUGAAACUACUAGGCAGAAGGUCCUUCCAUGUGGUGUUGGAACAACAAAUCAUGGUCUCCUUCUUCGCCUUCGUGUUCACAACAAUCGGGAUGGUCGUGAGCAACGACUUCCAGGGGAUGAAAUCCGAAGCCAGAACUUUCGUAGGCGGUCAAAGUUCAUACUACCAAGUUAUCAUCUGGGGCAUCAUAACGUUCCAGGUAGGCGUUCUGGGAGGCACCGCGGUUCUGUUCCUCUCGUCCACCGUGCUGGCUGGCGUCCUCAACGCCAUAAGAGUGCCACUCACAAACAUUGCAGCUGUCAUAUUGCUGAGUGACCCCAUGAGUGGUUUCAAGAUCCUAUCUUUGAUCAUUACCUUUUGGGGAUUUGGCUCUUACAUAUAUGGCAGCUACCCUCUGAGGAAAGAUUCUUGAUCAACUGGUGAGCAUUCUUUGUUCAUAUAUACAAAUAUUGUGGAGUCUCAUCUGUUAUAGUUUAAGCACGAAAUCUCGGGCACAGUAAAUGUUGAUUCAAGUUAUCAAUGUUGAAGAAGCUGAAGCUAGAAAAGUGUAGUGCAGAUUGCAGAGAAACAAAAAUAGAUGUACUAGUACUAGUAUUAUGUGCUUGUGUAAUCUGGAUACAAAAUGAAAUAUAUGUUUAUGUUUAUAUAAGCGCAGUGAAUAUCAAAGA